AUGAGUGACGAAUACGAUUUUCUUUUCAAGGUUGUCUUGAUCGGUGAUUCCGGUGUCGGAAAAUCAAAUAUCUUGGGUAGAUUUACCAGAAAUGAGUUCAAUAUUGAAUCCAGAAGUACGAUAGGCGUCGAGUUUGCUACCCGAACAGUCACAGUCGACGGCAAAACUAUCAAGGCCCAGAUUUGGGAUACCGCUGGCCAGGAACGUUAUCGCGCCAUUACUUCGGCAUACUACCGUGGCGCUGUUGGUGCCGUUUUAGUAUAUGAUAUCACUAAACCAGAGACUUAUGAACAUGUUGGCAGAUGGCUGGAAGAGCUCAAGAGUAAUGCUGACCCUCAGAUUGUUGUCAUGCUUGUCGGCAACAAGUGCGAUCUUAAGCACCUCCGUGCUGUUUUAACCGAUGAGGCCAUGGCUUUUGCCGCCGAAAAGAGUCUUUUGUUUAUCGAGACUUCUGCCCUUGAUGCCACAAACGUUGAGGCUGCCUUUCAACAAAUUCUUACGGAGAUUUACAGACUCUAUGCUGACCAAUCCUUACAACCUGAUCUUGGCCAGUCGCGACCAACCCAAGGACAGACUAUCGACUUUACCCAACCACCUGAUGAGGAUGGUGCAAAGAAGGCUGGACAGUGCUGCUAG